UGCUUUUUUAACGCGUUUGAUGUUAGUUGUUUAAUUUAUAUAAAAUGGGCACUUUAUUCUAAAAUUAUUGGCUGAUACACUAAAAGCAGGUAUUUGUGCGUCCUGAAAAGAAAAAUAAAUAAAAGCAUUUCGGAGAAAACCGUCAAAUUCCCGAGACAUCGUUUUGAGACUUUUUAAUUCCUCGGGGGGAAGAAGACCGAAAAGUUAGAGAUGUUUUCUUGGAGGCUGGCGCAAUCGAUGUCGAAUAUGGUGACACCUGGUCAGUAGCUUGGGUUGAUGGUGCAAUUCCUUUGGAGAGACUAGCAAGAAUGAAAGCGUAUCAGAGAAUCAAUCAUUUUCCUGGCAUGAGUGAAAUAUGUAAAAAAGACCUGUUGGCGAAUAAUCUGAAGAGAAUGAAGAAGAUAAUGCCGGGAAUUUUUAACUUUUUCCCACUCACGUUUUGCCUCCCGGAUGAACUUCGUAUACUUUAUGACUACUGCCGGGGCAGAAGAAAACCUGAUUUUUUCAUAAUUAAGCCAGUCAAAAACUGUCAAGGAUGUGGAAUUUAUUUGAUAAAAGGUCUCGACAAAAGUAUAAAGACAUAUAAAAAUGUUGUUUGCCAGAAAUAUAUAUCAAUGCCACUUCUGAUGCAAAGUUUUAAGAUGGAUCUGCGUUUAUACGUCUUAAUAACAUCCGUUUGUCCACUGCGCGUAUACAUCUACAAUGAUGGCUUAGUAAGACUGGCGACCGUACCUUAUAAGAAACCAACCUCUGCAAAUAUGCAUGAAAAACGGAUGCAUUUAACUAAUUAUGCGAUCAACAGAAAUUCUGUCGGAGAAGAAAGUACAGAAGAAUGUAAAAAGGCGCUCUCUGAUCUUGAAGAGUAUCUUGUUUCCCUUGGGUUUUCAACUGAUCAUUUGUGGCCGACAAUUGACAGAAUCAUUGUGAAGACCAUUCUGUCUGCUCUUCCGGUUCUGCAACACAUGUACCAUACAUGCUUCCCCAUCGCUUCAGCUGUUUCUCCUUGCUUUGAGUUGCUAGGUUUUGAUAUUCUUCUGGACGAUAAAAUCAAGCCCUAUCUUCUAGAGGUGAAUCGAUCUCCAAGCUUGGGUGGUACAACAUCUAUGGACAUUCAUUUAAAGAAAGGUCUAUUAAACAAUAUAUUAGACAUGGUACUGCUGUCUCCGAAGCAAAUCAAUUUCAUUAAAGAUGAGGAGCACCUGAAAGCUGUUCGAAGGCUCACCAACCCCAGCCUCACAAGGCACUUAACAGCCAGGGAAAGAAUACUCUCAGAAUACCAUGAAAGACAAGAAAACCAAAUGAUGGGAAAUUUUCGUAAAAUCUAUCCUGUUGAGAAUAAUAUAUAUGAUGAUGUGCUACGUGCUGCUUUUUCUUUUGAAAAUCAGAAUAAAAACGAAAGCUUAAGGGAUUCAAAAACAGAGAAACCUGUAAAAAU